AUGAGCUCUAUUGUCGACUUCAUCGCUAUGUUCGAUGGCCUGUUUGAUCCUGUUGAACAAAGUGUGGCGUUCAACAAACAGUACCACGCCCAUCAAGUGGUAGUUGUUCAGGCACAGAGUAAAAAGUGCGAGAACAUUUAUAAUAUGAUAGCCUAUGGAUACGAAGAAGUGGCUGUGCUAGAAGAAAUAUUGCACCAAAACGUGCAAUUUUUGACCGAGUAAGUUUUAGAUUUUUAAAAGUACUGUCAUAUUUAUGUUAUAAUCAUUUUCGCAUACUGUACGUUUAUUUUGUAAACAGUUAAGAAGCUUUAAACAAAUUACGUUUUAUUUUAUCGUUAACAUCUGUAUGUACUAUUAUAAACACAUUAUAACUUUCUUUUUCAGUAUUAUGCGCGGGAUGAUAGUCAGCAUCGUCGCGCGAAGAAUAGCACCAGGCGAAUGCUACAUCUGCCUGGAAGACGAAGCAGAAGACCCCAUGGUAUGCCUCUUCUGUCUGAAGGUAAUAGGCUGCCAGGGGUGCUACAACGAGUACAUUAAACAGACGUUUAAUUACCUUGUGAAGUGCCCCAACUGCCAGCGGCACAGUCCUAUAGAGCAUCCGUUCUUUGCCUAUUUAUAUAAAAACCAUAUUAAUAGUUACUUACUUGUAAAUAAAUAUCAAUAA